AUGCCCGGGUCGUUCAAACGAACGAUUCUGAUUACCGGCUCGACGGAUGGCAUCGGAAAGCAGACAGCCACCGAUUUGGCAGCUCAUCCGGAUAAUCGAGUCAUUAUCCAUGGACGAAAUGAAGAGAAAUGCGAGGCAACUCGGGACCAAAUUGUCAAGGAGACGGGAAACCCUACAAAUGUGGACUACAUUGCUGCCGAUUUAUCGAGUAUGAAGGAGGUAGCCCAUUUCGCCGACAAAGUGAAAAGCCGAUUUCCGGACUUGAAUGUGUUGUUGUGCAAUGCUGGCGUGCUGAAUCCACGACGAGCGGAAACAGCGGACGGCCUCGAAAUGACUUUUCAGGUGGAGUAUGAGGACCGUCCAACUGACAGAGAAAGGAAAAUUAAGGAGGCUUGA